AUGCAUUUGAUGAAUGCCUCCCUUCCUCCGACAACAUCACUGACGUUUCUUGAAAAGUACACUCUGGGUGCCGAUGGCAAGCGUGUCUACACGCUGAAGAAGGUUGUCGAUGGCAAGGUGUCCAAGUCUGCUCACCCUGCUCGUUUCUCACCUGAUGACAAGUAUUCUCGCCACCGUGUCACUUUGAAGCGUCGCUAUGGUCUUCUCCUUACUCAGCAGCCUGAGGAGGCUUCGUCUUGA